AUGAAGACCUAUGUAACUACACCCGAUCGGAAGCGGUAUAUUUUCUAUCCUGCCCCGUCAAAUAAGCAAUUUCAAUUUAAGAUUUGCUGUAGCAACGACUGUCAUGUGGCCUUGACAACUGAACCGCAAGAAUAUCAUCCCAUAUACGAAGUGGUCAUUGGUGGUUGGAACAGUACCAAGUCGGUAAUACGUUACGGCGGCAAGCAACCAGAUGUGGCGAUAACAGCCACACCGAAUAUUGUCAAUACGAAUGAAAUGCGUGGAUUUUGGAUACGUUGGCGUGAUCAAACAAUAUCUGUGGGCCGAGAGGGUGAAGCUACAGCAUUUAUGUCCUACAAAGAUGCACAAUUAUUCGAUGUGAAAUUUUUGGGUAUAUGUACGGCAUAUGGAUCGAUGGGGUCAUGGUUAUUUGAUGGUGAUAGAGAUAAUUAUAAUUUUUAA